AUGAUUGAAGAAACAGCAACAAAGCCAACAAGAACAAAUAUGAUCAAAACAAAUAACACUGAUAUAAACAGUGUAGAUAAAAUAAAUAAAUCAAAGUUUGAACAUACAACUUACAAUGUGAAUUACGAGUAUACAACCAAGCAGGAGACAGUCAUGACUUCUGUUUCUUUGAAUGCCGAUGAUAUUCCAGAAAAAAAGGAAAAUAUUGAGGUUACCACAAAAAACAUUACUGACAUAAACAGUGUAGAUAAAAUAAAUAAAUCAAAGUUUGAACAUACAACUUACAAUGUGAAUUACGAGUAUACAACCAAGCAGGAGACAGUCAUGACUUCUGUUUCUUUAAAUGCCGAUGACAUUCCAGAAAAAAAGGAAAAUAUUGAGGUUACCACAAAAAACAUUACUGACAUAAACAGUGUAGAUAAAAUAAAUAAAUCAAACUUUGAACAUACAACUUACAAUGUGAAUUACGAGUAUACAACCAAGCAGGAGACAGUCAUGACUUCUGUUUCUUUAAAUGCCGAUGAUAUUCCAGAAAAAAAGGAAAAUAUUAAGGUUACCACAAAAAACUUUACUAACAUACCUGCGGUUACAGUAAAAGUCAGUGAAAAAAAUAACAGUGUCAUAUAUGCGAAAAAUGGAAUAAAUAAUAUUCAACUGCAGGUCUCAACGCAGAAAAUAAAUAUGAUAAAUGAAACAAUUAACGUUAGAGACAAUUAUAUUGAUCACACGAACGCUAUCGAUGAGCUUGUUCAUGAUGAUUUGACAGAUUAUCUGGAUAUCGAUUAUGUUGAUAUGUAUAAAGAUACAACGAAUGAAGAUGUCGAAUAUUUACCCGCUCUCUACAUACCUACAACUACAAUUGCUACAAAAAUUAUGAUUGAACAGAAUCCAGCUGACAAAAUAGACUCUGUGUAUCCGUGGAUAGCUACUGUGUAUAUAAUGAACCAAGGCAACAAACAAUUUGAAUACACUUGCGAUGGCAUUCUACUCUCCGAACGUGUUGUUCUUACUGCUGCCCGAUGUGUCACCAAAUCUGACGUGACAGUGGAUGCGAACAACAUUCUAAUUAUCAUGGGCAAAAGAUCCUUGCAGUCUAUGGGACUUCAUGAAAAAGUUUUAAGGGUAAAAUCAAUCAAGAUCCACGAGAACUUCGUUUCAGCCGGAGAAAUUGUAGAUAACGACUUGGCGAUCGCCGUGCUGGCCGAGCCCGUGGUGUUCAACGUUGACACACAGCCUGCUCCUUUGGGGCUAGAUGAUAAAUCCGCCCCUCUUGCAACAGCCACGACAGGCUGGCAUGCAACUGGUCCUUUGCAGCCGCUAUACUUGGGACUACAGUCUACGGAAAAAAGUUGGAUGGACGACUGCAUGAAAUUGUUUUGUGCAACUCUGGGUGAUAGUGAAACCACAUGUCCGAGCUAUGGAGGCAUGCUUAUAGAACGCCAGGACGAUGAUCAAUGGAGGCUGAAGGGAAUAGCCAGUGGCAGCCCCACGAACACGGGCGUCUGCUUCAAUAAACAUCUUACGUUUACUAAAAUUGAAAACUAUCUUGAAUGGAUUAAGGAAAAUAUUCAAAAAACGUCUGACAGAUACAUAAAUUGA